AUGGUCGACGGCAACAGAUCAACACUGAAAGAAUUCAUUGCAUCCAUCUCGACAGUAAAAGGUGAUCUCUCAACUAUCACCGCACCUCCGUUUCUGCUGGCGUCACAAUCGACCGUCGAGUUUACAUCUUAUUGGUGCGAGAGACCUCAACUAUUGUGCGCUCCAGCCUCAGAGCCUGACGCUCAGAAACGUUGUUUGCUUGUCUUAAAGUGGUUUCUGGCAAGUCUAAAGCGUCAACAGUAUGCAGGUCGGGACGAGAACGCGGGUGUCAAGAAGCCGUUGAAUGCUUUCUUGGGUGAAGUGUUCAUGGGAGCUUGGGGUGGUGAUGAUGGCGAAGGCAGAACAGGCUUAAUUGCUGAGCAAGUCAGUCAUCACCCACCAGUUACGGCCUGCUAUCUAUGGAACGAUGAGCAAGGCGUCAGGGCCGAAGGGUAUGCAUGCCAAAACAUCACAUUCUCAGGCACUGUCAACAUCAAGCAAAUUGGGCACGCGAUAAUCCACCUUGACAAGUGGAACGAGGAUUAUCUGGUUCCUCUACCUUCUGUGAAAGUCUCAGGUCUUAUCACUGGAACACCAUAUCCGGAGCUGGUUGGAAGUUACGACAUUGUCUCUUCGUCUGGCUAUGUUGCCACUGUGGACUUCUCUGGAAAGCGCCUACUGGGUCUGGCUGGCAAGAAGAACGGUCUACACGCCGCAGUCUACUCCACCGAAGACAGCAGCCGCAAACAUCCAAUCUACACCUUGGAUGGCACCUGGAAUUCUGUCUUCACCAUUCGCGACGAAAAGGCCAACACGGUGAUUGAAGAGUUUGACACGAAUGCGCACCCACCGCUCCCUACGCAAGUCCCGGAUGAGUCAAUGCUUGACCCUUACGAAAGCAGGAAAGCGUGGGGUCCUACUAUCUCAGCCUUGAAUUCUGGAAACAUGCAAGCAGCCGCCGACGCAAAAAGUAAGGUCGAACAAGGUCAACGCGAGAUGAGGAAGCGAGAAGAGAAGGAAAGCAAGACUUGGACACCGCUGUUCUUCCAAAAAGUACAAAGCGAACCGAGACUUGAUGAGUUGAAGAGUGUAGCGCACGGAGAUACAGAAGUGAUUGGCACGCAAGGAAUAUGGCGCUGGGUCGGUAAUGAGAAGGCUGAACAAAUUGACAGACCCUUCCAUGGAGACUUGGUGCCGUGGUUGACGUAG